AGCUGCAGGAGGAGACGCCGAUUUUAAAUAGAGCCUACGAGUCAUCCAGCGGGUCUAGCGGGGCGAACGAAGGGUGCAAGCGGGUCGGCUUGCGCAGUAUCACCAUGGCAGACGAAGCGCUGGUGCUGUGCUUGUAUGCAGGGGGAACCAUUGGAAUGGUGCGGAAAGAUGCAGCAUCCGGCUUUGCGCCUUAUCCCUCCUUCUUAACCGAGACCCUACGUUCUCAAUCACGCUUUCACGAUCCGGAAGCAGAGAGCAUCUUCAGCUGGAGUGACAGCGUUGAGAGAUACGAAGCGUGGAGUGCUGUCAACACAGCCACUGGAAGCGGUCCCGUCAGCGGUCAGGCAUCACCCAGAGCAAAAUCAGCCGCUGCUCAUCCUGCAUUGCACGACACUCCGAGUUUGCUUGCUGCAGCUGCCGAACGUGCGAAACAAGGCCCCCAGCACACUGUCCGAGACGUGUAUGUAAACAACGCAGCUCUCUUGGAUCACCACGCCGAGCAUCCGCCAAGCGCAGCACCUUUCAUUGGCUCUAGCGGGUCUCAAUCCUUGCCCGCCUUUGGCAAACCAGUGUUGGUCAAGUCGUCAGCGCCUCAAGGCACAUCUCGCCUUCAAGCUCUCUCCGCCGCUCCAUGCGACGAUGGCAGGUAUCUGGCCCUUCAAUUACCAACGCUCAUCACUCCUCGCAUGGCGGAUGGGAGGCGCGUGAGGUAUGCCGUACUCGAAUACGAUCCUCUGCUGGACUCGAGCGAGAUGGACUUAGACGAUUGGCUGAGAUUGGCAAAGGACAUCCAGCUAAACUACGAGAGCUUCGACGCUUUUGUGGUCUUGCACGGUACGGAUACGAUGGCGUACACCUCAAGUGCUCUUUCAAUGCUUCUCGAAGCGCUGGGGAAGCUUGUCAUUGUUACAGGCGCCCAAGUACCUCUCUCCCAACUUAGAAACGACGCGGUCGAAAACGUGCUAGGAGCUCUCUGUUUAGCAGGAUCUUACAACACUAUCCCGGAAGUGUGUCUCUACUUCGCAUCGAUGCUUUAUCGUGGCAAUAGGGUCUCGAAAACUUCGAACAACUCCUUAGCAGCUUUCGAGUCGCCAAAUAUGGCGCCGCUUGCCCGUGUCGGCAUCCACGUCGACGUCAGUUGGAGCCUAGUCGAGCGAUCGCGCGAUGUGAGCGCUUUCAGAGCAUACGGAUCUAUGUGCUCAGACGUCGCUGUGCUACGCUUGUUUCCUGGGCUCCAAACGCGGACUGUUGAGACAUUUCUCGCACCUCCACUUCGCGGCGUGAUUCUCGAAUCGUACGGAGCGGGGAACGCCCCCUCACGAGCAGAUCUAUUGCAAGUGUUCGACCGCGCUUCCAAGAGGGGUUGUGUCAUAGUGAACAUUACGCAGUGCCUACAAGGAGAGGUUUCGGCGAUCUACGCCACAGGCAAGAAACUCGAACAGGUUGGGGUCGUGCCAGGCGGAGACAUGACGCCAGAAUGUGCGCUUGCGAAGCUUUCAUAUUUGCUCGCCAAGCCCAACCUGAAGCCAGAUCAAGUUCGAAAAUAUAUGAGCAGAUCUUUGAGAGGAGAAAUCACCGAACGAUCGAACCAAAGGCGGCGUCUCACAAGCUGGAAUACAACUGCACACGACUCUACCGGCGCAGCCAGAACUCAACCUAACGCGGACGUACAGCUUCUGCUGGCUCACAUUCUCGAAAGACCUGACAAGCUCGAGACACACGAAACCGACCAAGUGGAGAUCAAGAGCGCUGAAGGACGAUCCAGCUCCGUGACGGGGCGUACUGGACUAGAUUCUUCUGGCAGUAAAGACACACGCGAAGCUGCUAGUGCUUCGUUGAAAGUCCUGCCCUAUCUGAUUCAUGAUUGUGCAACGAGGGACGAUGCCGAGAUGCUGCGAUGGCAUCUCGAUUCUAUGGCAUUUCUCCAAGAAGAAUGCAUGCCGGCGACAUUGAAAGAGGCCAGACAGGCCGCCAACGCUUCCGAAGAGCUGGUAGCGAAUUUUAGAACGCAGCGCAGCGCUGCACAUUUUCAUCUCGGCGCAUCGCCAUCUUCAAGGUCCGAAGCGCUGCAUAUGGCGCAACACUUUCCUGCUGAGGCCAAGCAGCACGACGAGGUCACCUCGGCGCCCUUCGAACUUUUAAGACCUUUACAUGUCGCCGCAGCGCGCGGCCACACAUCUUCAAUGUCAGUGCUGUUGCAUGCCGGUGCUAGCGUUCAUCUGCGCGACUCGGCCGGGCAUUCUCCCCUGUUCUUGGCCGCUAGAUGCGGUCAUGUGGACGCUGUUAGGCUUCUCAAGCAAGCUGGAGCCCACUUCAAGAACGACGAGAGGGAGCUUUGUGACUGGUACAUUAGCAGAGAACACGGGAAGACUCGGACAAGCGACAUUUGGAGAGAAGCUUCAAGCUGAUGCCGUCUGAGAAAGUGGAUCUAAUUACGCAGGACCAAUGCACCCU